AUGUCGGUGCCUGAAGUCGAAGACUUCUUCACGAGGCUCAUCAUGAGGGUGGCACCCAAGAGCUACGCCCAAGCCAACGGGGAGGUUGUCGUGACGCGGCGUUUCCUUGAAAAUUUCUCGGGCGACAACGUGCGCAUGCUGGCGAGGUCAUUCAGCGUCCCCGGCGACCAUGUUGGGCAGACAUCUACCGGUUACCGCUGGCCGUUCGGCCCCGUCGCCAUAGUCAGUCCCUUCAAUUUUCCACUCGGUGAGCAACCAAGUAAAGAGGGUACAUCUGUGUACCAGGUUUCCGUGGUGAUGGAGCAAACCCUCCGGCUGUUCCACCACUGCGGAGUGCCCGUCGAGGAUGUCGACUUCAUCAACUGCGAUGGCCCCGUCAUGCAUGGGGUUCUUACCUCAGCUCAGCCUCGCGUGACUCAGUUUACCGGGAGUUCCAAAGUGGCCGAGGUAAAGGUGGAGGACGCUGGGUUUGACUGGAAAAUCCUGGGCCCCGACGUCCAGGAGGAGGAGUACGUGGCGCACACCUGCGACCAGGACGCCUACGCUUACAGUGGGCAGAAGUGCUCGGCCCAGAGCAUUCUGUUCGUCCACGAGAACUGGAGCAAGUCUGGCAUCGUUGAAACUCUCAAGAGUCUGGCCUCCCGGCGAACCCUCGAAGACCUAACGGUGGGGCCCGUGUUGUCCGUGACAACCGAGACAUGCAUGAAGCACAUCGACAGCCUGCUCAAGCUAAGUGGCGCGAAGGUUUUGUUCGGGGGGAAGCCGCUUUCGUCGGAAAAAGCCAAGAAAAUUCCUGCCCAGUACGGCGCGUGGGAGCCCACCGCGGUGUUUGUGCCGCUCAAGGAGAUGCUCAAGUCGCCGGAGAACUUCGCGCUCUGCACCACCGAGAUAUUCGGACCAUUCCAGGCAAGAGGGGCGGAGGACCUAAGCCAAAUCCCGACUCGAAACAAGUGCAUUGAGUUUCCCCAAAACGAGCGUGAUAAGCCGCCACGUCAUACCAUGUUCAACCCCACCGCACUUUCCGGCCUCCUUCCUGAAAACUGCUCGCGAUGCAUCCCAUGCCAGGUGGUCACCGAGUACGACGACAACGAGCUCGACGCCGUCCUUGAAGCGUGCGAGCGCAUGAACAACCACCUGACGGCCGCGGUGGUGUCGAACGACGUGUCCUUUCAGAGGAGGGUGCUCGAGGCCACCGUCAAUGGCACAACCUACUGCGGGAUCAGGGCGAGGACUACGGGGGCACCGCAAAACCAUUGGUUCGGCCCGGCGGGAGAUCCCCGCGCUGCAGGCAUCGGCACCAUCGAGGCUAUCAGAAUGGUCUGGUCUUGCCACAGGGAGGUUAUCAUGGACGAAGGGCCAGUUCCCGAGGGAUGGACAACGCCUGCGAGAACCUAG